GAGAGAGCGUACGGAAGGGUAUAUUGACUCAGAGCUGGUCUGCAUGCUCCACAGAGUGUGAGAGACAGAGGAUGUGAAAGCAGGCAAGAUGGAGCACUGGCACAGAUGAAGACUGUCCCUGGUCCCGCUUGACAGUCCAGAUGAGUCUCUCAAAGCCCCCGCCACCACCACCCUCCACCUCCCACCUGGCUAUCCCCCCCGCCUCCACGCCCAGCCCUUCCUCAUCCGCCACCUCCCCCUCGUCCACGCCCCACUCGGCAGCUCCUCCUCCUCCGUCGCCCGUCAAGAUCUCUAUGCAGGAGCAUUUUGCCAUCAAUGUGUGCCCGGGGCCCAUCCUCCCCAUCCCACAGAUCUCAGACUUCUUUCCCCGUUUUCACGACUACCCCUGCACUCCGCCGCCGCCCAGGGAGAAGAAGAUCCUGAAGGAGGAGACGUUCAACGGGGAGACGGGUGGAGGGUUCAAGGAUGGAGAGAGGAGAGGGGAGAACGACGGAGACAGGGAGGAGGUGUUCGACUCAGAUGACGAUGACACGUACCUGGGAACGCUGGAGUUCAACCUGCUCUUUGAUCAAGAGAACAACUGCCUUCACUGCACCAUUCACAAGGCAAAGGGUCUGAAGGCAAUGGACUCCAACGGGCUGGCAGAUCCAUACGUCAAGCUCCAUCUUCUCCCAGGAGCCAGCAAGGCAAACAAGCUACGCACAAAAACUCUGAAAAACACCCUGAAUCCAGUGUGGAAUGAAACGCUGGUGUAUCAUGGGAUCACAGGAGCUGACAUGACCACCAAAACGCUCAGGCUGUGUGUGUGCGACAUGGACAGACUUGGACGAAAUGAGUUCAUUGGGGAGGUGAGAGUGGCCCUGAAGAAACUGAAAGAGGGUGAAAACAAACGCUACAAUAUGGGCCUGGAGAGAAUCGCGCAGAAUAAGGAAACUAACAAUCAGUUGGUGGAGCAGGGAGCAGUCGUGGCAGAGGAAGAGCGCGGACGCAUCCUGGUGUCACUGUGCUACAACACAGAGAAGGGCUGCCUGCUGGUUGGGAUCAUACGCUGUGCCCAUCUGGCCGCCAUGGACUCCAACGGCUACUCUGACCCAUUUGUCAAAAUCAUCUUGCAACCAGACAUGGGGAAAAAGUCCAAGUACAAGACAUCAGUGAAGAAAAAGACUCUCAAUCCUGAAUUUAAUGAGGAAUUUUCAUAUGAAGUAACCUUGGACCAGCUGGCAAAGAAAACCCUGGAGAUCUCCGUGUGGGACUAUGACUUGGGAAUGAGUAACGACUUCAUAGGCGGAGUGGAGCUGGGCAUCAAUGCAAGCGGACAGAGACUUAAACACUGGUUCGAGUGUCUCAAAAACAAAGGGAAGAAAGUUGAAUACUGGCACACGCUCACGCAGCAAGGUGCCCCGAGCAGCGACAAGCCGGACUAGAUUACCCAAGACAUUCCCGCAGACAAAGGCACACCCACAAGCACAGAUGCGUUUGUCUCACUUGAACAACGGUUGACAAGAGUCCAACAGCAGCAGCAGCGACCAGAACAAAGAAUAAAAGAUGCAAUAAUAAUCUCAUUACAAAUCUAAAUUGUCAUGUGUUGCCGCUAACUGAGGCACGACGUAUUAGAAUAUACUCAUACUAAUCUCAGUGAUGGUGACAAGGUGUAAUAUGAAUCAAUUUAUUUUUCAAGGUAAACUAAAUUGUGAUCAUGUCCUCAUUGAAGUGUCGCCAUGCCAAAACAUUACGCUGAAAGUUGUGCGUAGACCUCUCACCGCAUUGUGGAAGUCGAACAUUUUCAUCCAAAUUGACACCGAACAGACACAUCCGAGGCUCAUUCGGUUAAAGUGCCCAGCUAUUUGUACACCCUUGUGACUUCUAAUGUGGUACAUAGUAACAGGAGUUUCAGGAUGUUGUCGAAACGUCUCUAACUUAAAGUAGUCGUCGCGAUCUGAUGCAAAAUAAGACACCAUAUUAUUAUACUGUAAAGCACAAAGAUGAUCCAUUCGGUGGAUUCGUACCUUUACCUUUUCUGUGUUAUGUCUUUUCGUUAUUUGUCUGUGGCAGUGGUGUUCUAUCACCUAUGUGUCAGGCAGUAAUGUGUCAGCAUUAUAUGUGUGUGUUUGCGUGUGUGUGUGUGUGUAGGGGUGUGUAUGCGUGUGUGCGUGCGUGUGUGUGUGUGGGAGUUUUGACAAUACGAGUGCCUACAUUUUCUGUAUGUGCAACAUGUGUCUGUCUGUAUUCUCCUCACGCCCCAUUCAGAAUGUUUCUAUCCGACUUCAGGCGCACCGAGGUGUGAAGAAAUAUUGACGAAAAGGCAAGAACGGUUUAUUCAGCAGAGAAAUUAUCUGUAGCCACCUCAGGCCACAGCGUUGUGGCUGCAGGAUAGUGACAAAAAACUGUCAGCGGUGUGAGCCUGAGAAAGAAAACACGAAAUGUUCUUUUUUUCUUUUUUUUUUGCACUUUUGUUAAUGAGAAGCAGACAUCUCAUUUUGCUUUUGGAUGUGUUGCUUGCUACAGAACUACUGAAGCAAUUUUCAGCCAGAUUAAAGAUAAUUUACCAUAUUGCAGUGACUCUGUUACUGCUUUAACAAAACACAAUGGUGAUGCAACGUUUUCUUUAAGCGGGGAAAUGUUACCAUUUUUCAUUGAUAAAAAUCAGACUGUGCUGUUUGGUUUCUUUUGACCAAGCCUAAAAAAUAUCUUUUAAUCCACUGCUGCAUGCUUUCCUGCUAUAGACAUUUGCCUGAAUCUUAGAAUCUUAGAUGCAUUGAUCAUGUGGGUAAGAUCGAUAGUGAUCUCCUUGUCUGUCAAACUUCGUUAUUUACUGAGUAUCUCUGUGCAGUUUACAGGCUAACAAAACGGAGUUCCCUCUUAUGAUUUAGCCUCAAUUAGAAAUGGGUCAGUUAUUGCUAUCACUCAACCUUUUAACUGCUUUAUAAACACAAAGUUUUUCUGUGAUACCACUUCCAAGGUUUAAAAUCUACUCAGCUGGCUUACAGAAGGCUGCUAGUACACAAAGUCCAGUUCAGCUGGAGACACAGAUUGUCUGGUCAAGGUGGCACUGCUGAAAAUACAGCUAGCAAGCUAUUAGCUGAUUGGCUCGGGUUUUAAAAAAACUUGUUUUCCAACGAUACAAUUCAUUUUUUUAAUCUUUGCAUCACAACGUUUAUACUGUGAAAUUGUGGCACUCAAUCUGUAUUACUGUCAACAAACUUAGACCUUGUGUAUUUAGCAAAACCUAACUCGUGUAUUUAGCAAAAACUUAACAUUAUUUUUCUUUCAAAAGAACAGAGAUUUUUGUCAAAAACUAAUUUUUAGAAACACUUCAAAAAAACUAUGCUUUUAGGACAUAAGAAAGACAUUUUCAGCCUGGCGCAUAACUAAACAGAAGCUAUAAUUGGUCUUGGAGCUGAAGCCUCACAUCCAGAUUUCUGACGAGCUACAAAGCUUUUCACACGACCAUCUCUACAUGCAUGGUCUGUGGCUGUCUAAAAAUAAAUCUACAUUUUGUUUCUGUAUAAAAUUGUCCCUUGAUUGUCUUAAUACUGACCAGGAUAUCGAAUGCACACCUUCACUUCUGUCAUGUAAUCUUUGGUCAUACAAAAGAACACAGUCGGUCAGUUGCCUCGGGGAGAUUGCUAACUGAUAAUCGAUCCAGCUGCUCAUAUCCUGUCAUGUCCUUCAACAACCUUGGGAUCCUUCAGUGUUUUUGUUGUGUUCAACCUAAAAAAAAAAAAAAAGGGCUUGGGUAUUAUGAAGAUUUAGGAGGCUUAACCAAAUAUUCAAUUACGUCUUUUAAUAACUUUAGGAACUGGAUUAGAAAAAUCUGGGCGGGUUUGUUGUGUAUUUUCUCUAUGCACGUUUAACGUCUCGGCACGUCAGCAGUGAGAUAAUCAACCCAAACAGCAAGCUCAUGUUAUUUCUGGAAAUACUCUGCACUUUGUUUACUCUGAGGCUGGGUAAUGGAGAUCAAAUGGAGUUCACGUUUCUGGCCGGAUUGUUGCUUAUUUUUGUGCAUCUCUGGCUCUGUUGUUUACAGUCGCAGUAUUUUCAGGCUCUUGUCUAUUGACCCCUGCUUUGCUUGCGUAAUCAUUUAUCUGCAAUACAGCUGCAUGUUUAGCAAUUGCCAUCAGCUUGCAUAAUAGAGUGCGACUCCAACUGAUCUCUCUGAAUACUGAUGUGUUUACAGUCUGUGCCAUCCAUGCGGUGUGUGUGUGUGUUUGUUUGUGAAUAAAAUUAUUCAGGGUAAUUUUUGCUCAGUUGCUGUGCUCAACAAAGCAAGCUUUUGCUUUUAAGAAAUCCUUUACUGUCACAGACUUUAACACUUGUCUUCCUUCAAUUGAAAACAGUGGUGAUUAUGCAGGAGGGCUGACGCAGGAAUGCGAUGUGGAGUCCCUGUGUAUUUAUUGUCAUUGUCAAUCCCACAGUAUGGCUGCCAUCCUGUGUUGGGUUUGUGUAACUACUUCGCAAAAUAAACUGAAACUGUUUCAGUGG